CCCGACUCCCUGGAGGUUGCCGUGGAAACAGAGAGAGCUGUGGUUGAGGAGAACCUCCGAGGCCUGGCCUUUGCUGUCUAUCUGCGGAGGGGACUCACAGGACAGCAGCCAAUAUGAUGCUAUCGAGAGCCAAACCUGCUGUAGGCGGGGACCUACCGCACACUGACAAAAGAAAGAAGAAAGGCAGGAAGAUGCCAAAGCUAGAGGAGCUACUUUCACAAAGAGACUUCACUGGAGCUAUUACCCUGUUGGAGUUCAAACGUCAUGUUGGGGAACAAGAAGAGGAUACCAACCUGUGGAUUGGAUACUGUGCUUUUCACCUGGGUGACUAUAAGAGAGCUUUGGAGGAAUAUGAGAAUGCAACAAAAGAGGAAAACUGCAAUCCUGAAGUCUGGGUGAAUCUAGCCUGUACCUACUUUUUUCUUGGAAUGUAUAAACAAGCUGAAGCUGCUGGAUUUAAAGCUCCAAAAAGCCGACUUCAAAAUCGCCUCCUCUUUCAUUUGGCUCACAAGUUUAAUGAUGAGAAGAAGUUGAUGAACUUCCAUCAGAAUCUUCAGGAUAUCACGGAGGAUCAGCUCAGUUUGGCCUCAAUCCACUACAUGCGCUCUCACUAUCAAGAAGCUAUUGAUAUUUACAAGCGAAUACUGCUGGAUAACAGGGAGUACCUUGCCCUCAAUGUGUAUGUGGCUUUAUGUUACUACAAGUUGGAUUACUAUGAUGUGUCUCAAGAAGUUCUGGCUGUUUACCUUCAGCAAAUUCCUGACAGUACCAUCGCACUCAACCUUAAGGCCUGUAAUCACUUUCGCCUUUACAAUGGCAAAGCAGCUGAGACAGAACUCAAAAGCUUGAUGGACAACGCUUCUUCUUCCUUUGAAUUUGCUAAGGAACUCAUCAGGCACAAUCUGGUGGUUUUCCGAGGAGGUGAAGGGGCUUUGCAGGUUUUGCCUCCCCUGGUCGAUGUCAUUCCUGAAGCUAGGCUAAACUUAGUGAUCUACUACCUUCGCCAAGAUGAUGUACAAGAAGCGUAUAACUUAAUUAAGGAUCUGGAACCUACUACUCCUCAGGAGUAUAUCCUCAAGGGAGUGGUCAAUGCAGCCCUCGGCCAGGAAAUGGGCUCGAGGGAUCAUAUGAAAAUCGCCCAGCAGUUCUUUCAGUUGGUGGGAGGAUCAGCGAGUGAAUGUGAUACGAUCCCAGGGAGGCAGUGCAUGGCUUCCUGUUUCUUCCUGCUCAAGCAAUUCGAUGAUGUCUUGAUUUACCUCAACUCAUUUAAGAGUUACUUCUAUAAUGACGACACCUUUAACUUUAAUUAUGCGCAAGCCAAAGCCGCAACAGGCAACACCAGUGAGGGCGAAGAGGUUUUCCUUUUAAUCCAAAAUGAGAAGUUGAAAAAUGAUUACAUUUACCUCAGUUGGUUAGCUCGGUGCUACAUAAUGAAUAAGAAACCAAGACUAGCCUGGGAACUUUAUCUCAAGAUGGAAACCUCUGCUGAAUCCUUUAGCCUAUUACAGCUCAUCGCUAAUGACUGCUACAAGAUGGGCCAGUUCUACUACUCAGCCAAAGCCUUUGAUGUCCUCGAGAGGCUGGAUCCUAACCCUGAGUACUGGGAAGGCAAGAGAGGUGCCUGUGUGGGCAUUUUCCAGAUGAUCUUGGCUGGGAGAGAGCCCAAAGAGACCCUUCGAGAAGUGCUCCACCUGCUGAGAAGCACGGGCAACACCCAGGUGGAGUACAUCAUCCGCAUCAUGAAGAAGUGGGCCAAGGAAAACAGGGUGCCUGUCUGAGCGUGCUUGGACGCCGGGGGCCAGCCACGGCUUCGACCUCAGACUGGACACAGCUUCCCCGGUUCGACGUGAGAUGCAGGCCUCUAUUUGGGUGAUGUUUCCCUUCCUUGCUCUUCCAGCCACAAGCCCCGUGAGUGCUGACACCUUGCCUCUUGGUGGGACUGUGCCAUCGUCUCUGCCAUGGCCCCUGUGGGAUCCGACCAGCCACGAGACUUGGGACUUCUCUGGUGCUUUUCUUCUAAAAAGACUCAGUACUAUGGUGUCAUUUAUAGACUUUAAGGAGAACAGCAUAACUUUUUUUUAUAUUAACAUUCCAUGGCAUUUUCUCCAUGCUGCAAUAACAAAUGCCAUUAAUGCUCAAGAGGUAUCAUCAUUCCGGCAUCUUAUCGUUAGCCGUCUCUGCACAUUCCCUUUCUACCGAGGGGUCGAGCAAAGAGUUUUGUAAUGCACCUCUGAAUCUUGGGAGAACAGGAGUUAUAAAUAGCUAUAUGAUUCUAAGAAUGGCAGUAAGAGCCUUUAUCAAACUGUCGGGUCACUAAUAGAUAAUAGGCUUAGGGGUUAAUCCUUCAAUAAUUGAAUUCUUGAUGACAACAUGUUACAGUGGAGUAACAGGAAUACUGCAUUUUUUUAAAAGGUGAGAACUAUGAAAAAAAUUUGUGUGGCACAUUUAAGACUUUUUAGGAAACAAAGUAUACAAAUCUCAUUUGUCAUUUCUCCAUUAUAUUUUAGAUAACAAAACAGGUUAGGUGUUUUUCUCCAUGUACCUUGCUGAAUAAACAUCAAUUUUGAAAACAGGGCUACAAAGGCUCUGUGUAGGCA